AGGAGGUUGGCCGUGGCGGCUCCCUAGCACGUCCUCACUGCCGACUAUCCCAGCUCCAGGCACUAUGUCCCCCACGGGCCCCCCCAGCCACACCCUCCGCCGGCUCCCCUUGCUGCAGUUGCUGCUGCUGCUGGUGCAGGCCGUGGGGAGGGGGCUGGGUCGUGCCAGCCCGGCCGGGGGCCCCCUGGAAGAUGUGGUCAUCGAGAGGUACCACAUCCCCAGGGCCUGUCCUCGGGAGGUGCAGAUGGGGGACUUUGUGCGGUACCACUACAACGGCACAUUCGAGGACGGCAAAAAGUUUGACUCGAGCUAUGACCGAAGUACUUUGGUGGCCAUUGUGGUGGGCGUGGGACGCCUCAUCACUGGCAUGGAUCGAGGCCUCAUGGGCAUGUGUGUCAACGAGCGGCGGCGUCUCAUUGUGCCUCCCCACCUGGGCUAUGGCAGCAUCGGUGUGGCGGGGCUAAUCCCCCCAGAUGCCACCCUCUACUUCGACGUGGUCCUACUGGACGUGUGGAACAAGGAGGACACUGUGCAGGUGAGCACCUUGCUGCGGCCUACUCACUGCCCCCGCAUGGUCCAGGACAGUGAUUUUGUCCGUUACCACUACAAUGGCACACUGUUGGAUGGCACCGCCUUCGACUCCAGCUACAGUAGGGGCGGCACUUACGACACCUACGUGGGCUCUGGCUGGCUGAUCAAGGGCAUGGACCAGGGGCUGCUGAGCAUGUGUCCUGGAGAGAGAAGGAAGGUCAUCAUCCCUCCAUUCCUGGCCUAUGGCGAAAAAGGCUAUGGGACUGUGAUCCCUCCACAGGCAUCCCUGGUCUUCCAUGUUCUGCUGAUUGACGUCCACAACCCAAAGGACACUGUCCAACUAGAGACGCUGGAGCUACCCCCUGGCUGUGUCCGGAGAGCUGUGGCUGGGGACUUCAUGCGUUAUCAUUACAACGGCUCAUUGAUGGAUGGCACCCGCUUUGAUUCUAGCUACUCCCGCAACCACACCUACAAUACCUAUAUCGGGCAGGGUUACAUCAUCUCUGGGAUGGACCAAGGGCUACAGGGCGCCUGUAUGGGGGAGCGUCGGAGGAUCACCAUCCCCCCCCACCUGGCCUAUGGGGAGAAUGGAACAGGAGACAAGAUUCCUGGCUCUGCUGUGCUCAUCUUCGAUGUCCAUGUCAUUGACUUCCACAACCCUGCAGACUUGGUGGAAAUCAAGACACUGUCCCGGCCCCCGGAGACCUGCAAUGAGACCUCCAAACUUGGGGACUUUGUUCGAUACCAUUACAACUGCUCUCUGAUGGAUGGCACCAAACUGUUCUCCUCCCAUAACUACGGGAACCCCCAGGAGGCAACACUCGGGGCCAACAAGGUGAUCACCGGCCUGGACACGGGCCUGCAGGGCAUGUGUGUGGGAGAGAGGCGGCAGCUUGUGGUACCCCCGCACCUGGCCCACGGAGAGAGUGGAGCCCGAGGGGUUCCUGGAAGUGCUGUCCUGCUGUUUGAGGUGGAGUUGCUGUCCCGGGAGGAGGGGAUCCCUGAAGGCUACCUGUUUGUGUGGCAUGAGGACCCACCAGCCAACCUGUUUGAAGACAUGGACCUCAACAAGGAUGGAGAGGUUCCCCCAGAGGAGUUCUCCACCUUCAUCAAGGCUCAAGUGAAAGAGGGCAAGGGACGCCUCAUGCCUGGGCAGGACCCUGAGAAAACCAUAGGUGACAUGUUCCAGAACCAGGACCGCAACCAGGAUGGCAAGGUCACUGCAGAGGAACUCAAGCUGAAGUCAGAUGAAGACCGGGAGCGAGUCCAUGAGGAGCUCUGA